AUGCAUCGAUCAGAGCGGUGGUACAAUAUCUGUCUGCGCCGAUACCUUUCGUUGGGAAACGUGUUCGAUAUUUGUCAAAAUAUCAGCGAGCUGACCGGCGCGAGGACGCGGCAGUCACGCGGCUCACGACCGUCUCUCAGUUUGGCACUCCGUUCGGCUCACGGUUCGGCUCUCGGUUCGGCGCUCGGUUCGGCUUUCGGUUCGGCCUCCGCGCAUUAUCGCGCUUGUGCGAUCCAUGGGGGAUUAGGCGGCGCCCAACCAGCCGCCAAGGCCGCGCACGGCGUCGAGAUUGUCCCGAUUUCA